AUGUCAUUCGACCCCGAAAACGUCAACCUCACCUCGGCCGACCCCGCGGAGGUGGUAUGCUACCUUCAACUCGGGUCAAACGAGUAUGACGGUCGCCUGGGGCAGCGCGUCGCCGCGUUGUUUGUCAUUCUUGUCGUCUCCACAGCCGGUACCUUCUUCCCGGUCAUUGCGGUCAAGAUGCCUAAACUGCGGAUCCCCCACUAUGUCUACCUCUUUGCCAGGUACUUUGGCGCCGGCGUCAUCAUCGCCACGGCCUUUGUUCACCUCAUGGACCCUGCCUAUGGCGAGAUCGGACCCGACAGUUGUGUCGGCAUGACUGGCAACUGGGCAUCGUACAGCUGGCCCCCCGCCAUUAUCCUCGUAUCCGUCAUGUCCAUUUUCCUCAUGGACUUUGCGGCCGAGAGGUACGUCGCUAAAAAGUACGACCUGCACCACGAGCCCCAGUGUUCGCAUGAUGGAAUCGAAGGGGCCAUCACCACCGGCCACGGCCAUCUCCACUCGGCAGACCAAGAGGUGCAGGAUGCCCCCAAGGACACUGUCGACUCGUACUACCCGACAGAGUCCCUUGACAAGGACUCCAUCGCGCAAGAGAAGGAAGCCAUGGCAGUCGAGCGCUCGUUCCGUCAACAGAUUGCCGCCUUCCUCAUCCUCGAGUUUGGCGUCAUUUUCCACAGCGUCAUCAUUGGCCUUACGCUGGGCACCGCUGGAGACGAGUUCAGCACACUGUUCCCCGUCAUCGUCUUCCACCAGACGUUCGAGGGUCUCGGUAUCGGCGCCAGGCUGUCUACCAUCCCGCUGCCCCCAUCGUUCAAGUGGCUGCCAUGGGUCCUGUGCGCCGCAUACGGCCUCACCACUCCCAUCGCCAUUGCGGUGGGACUCGGCGUUAGGCACACGUACUCGGACAGCACGUUCACUGCCAACAUUGUCAGCGGUGUCCUCGACUCGAUCUCGGCGGGCAUCCUCAUCUACACGGGACUGGUCGAGCUACUCGCACGUGACUUCCUCUUCAACUCGAACAGGAUGAACGACUCGAAUGGCAGGUUGACCUUUAUGAUUGUGUGUACCCUGCUGGGUGCAGGCGUCAUGGCCCUCCUCGGCAAGUGGGCUUGA